GGUACUAUGGAGGGGACUGCGUGGAUGUCUGUCACCUCAACCCCUGCAAGAACAAGUCGGUGUGUCGCCGCAAGCCAGGCUCACCCCUGGGCUACGUGUGCGAGUGCGGAGGGAACUUUUUUGGGCAGUACUGCGAGCACAGGAUGGACCAGCAGUGUCCGAAGGGCUGGUGGGGGAACCCCACCUGCGGGCCCUGCAACUGUGAUGUGAACAAGGGCUUUGACCCUGACUGCAACAAAACCAACGGGCAGUGCCACUGCAAGGACUUCCACUACCACCCCAAAGGCAGCGACCCCUGCCUGCCUUGCGACUGCUACCCCGUGGGCUCCACCUCACGCUCCUGCGACAAGGAGACGGGCCGGUGCCACUGCCGGCCUGGGGUCAUCGGCCGCCAGUGCAAUAGCUGUGACAGCCCUUUUGCCGAGGUGACACCCAGCGGCUGCGAGGUGCUCUACGACGGCUGCCCCAAAAGCCUGAAGGCAGGUGUGUGGUGGCCCCAGACCAAGUUUGGCUUCUCGGCUGCAGUGCUGUGUCCCAAAGGCUCCUUGGGCUUGAGGGGUGCAGGUGCAGCCAUCAGACACUGUGAUGAGGAGAAGGGCUGGCUGGAGCCAGAUCUCUUCAACUGCACUUCACCUGCCUUCAAGGAGCUCUCCAUGCUGCUAGAGGGCUUGGAGAGGAACGAGACUGAGCUCAACACAAUUGAAGCCAAGAAGCUGGCCCACCGGCUCCGGGCUGUGACAGACCGCAUGGACCACUACUUUGGCAAUGACGUGCACAUCGCUUUCCGCCUGCUAUCCCGCCUCAUGGCCUUUGAGAGCCGGCAGCGUGGCUUUGGCCUGACAGCCACACAGGAUGCCCACUUCAAUGAGAACCUUCUGCGCGCAGGCAGCUCCGUGCUGGCACCCGAGAACCGGGAGCACUGGGCCAUGUUGCCACACAGUGAGCACGGCAGUGCCAGCCUCAUGGAGCAGCUGCGGGACUACUCGGGCACGCUGGCCAGCAACAUGAAACUUACCUACCUCAACCCCGUUGGUGUCGUCACCCCCAACAUCAUGCUGAGCAUCGAUCGCAUGGAGAACCACUCCCAUAUCCGCCGGCGCUACCCUCGCUACCACAGCAGCCUCUUUCGGGGCCAGCCUGCCUGGGACCCCCACACCCAUGUUGUGCUGCCACUGUCGGUGCUGAGCCCCCCAAAAGCUGAAGCUGCCCCCACGGUGGUGCCUACACCGGCUGGAGGCGAAGGGAACUACACUGUGGAGAACUCCCCGAGGCAGGUGCUGCCAGAGCCCGAGCCCGCUCUCACUGUGAUCAUCCUCAUCAUGUACCGCACCCUGGGAGGGCUGCUGCCUGCACGCUACCAGGUGGAUCGCCGCAGCGUCAGGCUCCCCAAGAACCCCGUGAUGAACUCCCCCAUCGUGAGCGUGUCUGUGUUCAGCAAUCACACCUUCCUGCGGGGGCCCCUGGACACCCCUCUUGUGCUGGAAUUUCACCUGCUGGAGACAGCCAACAGGAGCAAACCUCUCUGUGUCCAGUGGAACCACUCCAACCUGACCAACCCCUCCGGCUUCUGGACAGCCAGGGACUGCGAGCUUGUGUACCGAAACACCACACACGUCCACUGCCAGUGCUCCCAGUUUGGCACCUUUGGGGUUCUAAUGGACAGCUCGCACCGAGAGCAACUGGAAGGUGACCUGGAGACAUUGGCAAUUGUCACCUAUUCCUUGGUGUCUCUCUCCUUGCUGGCUUUGCUGCUGACCUUCUCCUUCCUGACCUGCCUCAAAGGCCUCAAGUCCAACACACGUAGCAUCCACUCCAACAUAUCAGUCACCCUCUUCUUCUCUGAGCUGCUCUUUCUCCUGGGCAUCAACCACACCGAGAACCAGUUUCUUUGCACUGUGAUUGCCAUCCUUCUCCACUGCUUCUUCCUCUCCACCUUCGCCUGGCUCUUUGUCCAGGGCCUCCACAUCUACCGCAUGCAGACCGAAGCCCGCAAUGUCAACUUUGGGGCCAUGCGUUUCUACUAUGCCAUUGGCUGGGGAGUGCCCGCCAUCAUCACUGGGCUGGCCGUUGGCCUGGAUCCUGAGGGCUACGGGAACCCCGACUUCUGCUGGAUUUCCAUUCAUGAUAAGCUGGUCUGGAGCUUUGCAGGCCCCAUUACUGUCGUCAUUGUGAUGAAUGGGGUCAUGUUCCUGCUUGUGGCCAAGAUGUCCUGUUCCCCAGGCCAAAAGGAGACCAAGAAGAAAUCGGUUCUCAUGACGUUACGGAGCUCCUUUGUUCUGCUUCUAGUUAUUAGCACUACCUGGCUUUUUGGCCUCUUGGCUGUCAACAACAGUGUCCUGGCUUUCCACUACCUCUACACUGUCCUCUGCAGCCUCCAGGGCUUGGCUGUGCUGGUCCUGUUCUGCAUGCUGAACGAGGAGGUGCGGGAGGCCUGGAAGCUGGCCUGCCUCGGCAAGAAGGGGCAGAGCGAGGAGGCCACGAGGAGCACGCAGGGCCCCAGCGCCUACAACAACACAGCGCUGUUUGAGGAGAGCGGGCUCAUCCGCAUCACCCUGGGGGCCUCCACCAUCUCGUCAGUAAGCAGCGUGCGCUCUGCCCGCACCCACUCCAGCCAGCGGGCUUACCUCAGAGACAAUGUGACGGCGCGUCAGGGCUCGGCCCUGGAUCACAGCCUGCUGGCUCACGCCGGCCCCACGGACAUCGAUGUUGCCAUGUUCCACCGUGAUGCCGGGGGAGACCAGGACUCGGACUCAGACAGUGACCUGUCUCUGGACGAAGAGCGCAGCCUCUCCAUUCCGUCUUCAGAGAGCGAGGAGAACGUGCGCCUGCGGGGCCGCUUCCAGCGCCAGUUCAAGCGGGCAGCACACAGUGAACGCCUCCUCACUAACCCCGCCAACACCACUCCCAAAGAUGUGGAUGGCAAUGACCUCAUGUCAUACUGGCCAGCUCUGGGUGAGUGCGAGGUUCACCCCUGCUCCCUGCAGAAGUGGGGCUCCGAGCGGAAGCUGGGAUUUGACAUCAACAAGGAUGCGGCCAACAAUAAUCAGCCAGACCUGGCCUUGACCAGUGGGGACGAGAACUCCCUCACCCAGACCCAGCGGCAAAGAAAAGGGAUUUUGAAGAACCGCCUCCAGUACCCUCCGACUCUCCAAGGCUUGCCAUCUGUUGGCAGGAUGACCAAUGAGCUGACAUGGUACAAGACCUCCACGCUGGGUCACAGGGCUGUCCCCGCCGCCUCCUACGGCAGGAUCUACUCUGGAGCGGGCAGUCUGUCGCAACCAGCCAGCCGGUACUCGUCACGGGAACAGCUUGACAUGCUGAUGAGGAGACAGAUGUCCCGGGAGCAGCUGAGCAGACACAACUCAGGAGAGUGCUUGGAAGCCGUGCCCAGCCGGCACGGGUCCAGGGAGGAGCUGGACACUAUCCCCAGCAGGCAUGGUCAGAGAGAUCAUGGGAACACACUGCCCCGGAGGCAGGGUUCCAGAGACCACCUUGACACUUUACCCUGCAGAUUUGGGUCAAGAGAACAGCUAGACUGUGGGCCAGUAAGAGAGGCCUCUAGGGAGUGGCUAAAUACAUUGCCAAGUAGGCAAGUGUCCAGAGACCGAAUAGGCACGUUGCCAAGUCGAGAUACUUCUCGAGAACAAUUGAAUUUGCUUUCUAGAAGACAGCCUUCAAGGGACCAGCUAGCAUCGGCUAGACAAACUUCAAGGGAGCAGCUGGAAUUUCUCUCCAGAAGAUCUAAUUCCAGAGAGCCUCUGGACACAGUGCCUAGCAGGCAUCCGUCGCAGGACAACCUGGGGACACUCUCUAGGAGGCAGCUGUCUAGGGAAAGCCUAGAGCCGCUGUCAAGGAGACAGCCUUCUAGAGAGAACCUGGAGGCCGUUCCCAGCCGACAUCCUUCCACUGAACAGUUAGAUAUCCUUUCUUCCAUCCUUGCUUCUUUUAACUCCUCUGUCCUGUCCUCGGUGCAAUCGUCCAGCACGCCUUCAGGCCCCCAGACCACCACCACCCCCUCUGCCGUGCAGACCUCCUCGACGCCCUCCGCAAUGUGCCCCUCAACACCUCGCUCUGCCACCUCCCACAGCAUUUCGGAGCUGUCGCCAGACUCAGAGAUAAUGAGAAACGAGGGCCAUUCCUGA